ACUUUGAAAGGUCAAUUAAGCGCGAAUGGAUUGAAUUUGACCGGUCACAUACUUUCCAGGCAUAAUUUUUCCCGCUCUAGAUUACUUCUAGGCCAGAUCUUAUCCGGUGCCCGGUUCCCACCAACAGCUACCCACCAAAAUCCUCUCUGGUUUUGUCCUCUCCACCAUUUUUUCUAUUUACGUAGAUCAAAACUCCCAAUUUCCGAUCAACCCAUGUCGCCGGCGGUGAGGUAUUUGUAAUGUUUGACCAGUGCCAAUGCCUACGCUCAUUCUUAUUUAUGUACAACUGUUCAAACCGGCGAUUUUGGUACACGAUAACUCGUCUUUUCCUCGGAAGUACGCGUAAUGGCACCUACCCAUUUAGGAAUUUUCUAUUUGGGAAAUUAUGGAUUGCUUCGCCGCCACUCGUCGUUUAGGUAGCGCAGAAAAUUUGAGCCCAUUGUUUACGCCAGGCUUGGGUUUACCCAAAAACUCAUUUUGCCCUCUGCCGUCUUCAAGCAUUCAGAGAUUCGCUUGAUCAGAGAUGUCAUUUGCAUAUUGGUGCCACCAGUGUAAUGCCAUGAUUCGUCUGGAUGGCGGUCAGGAAAUGGUUUGCCCCACUUGCAAUGGGGGAUUCGUGGAGGAAAUGGAAAGAGGGGAAAGAGAGAGUAGGAGACAGCUCUCUCAUGCCCACCACCUGUUGGGCUGCAUUUCUAAUCUGUUGGGGCAUUUGGAGGGGAGGAGAAGACCUGGCCGUGGCAGGCUUUCCUUUACGCCUAUGCUGAUUCUGCGGAGAAAUCCCAACCCUAGCGGAGCAGAAGGGGAGAGUGCGAGCAUCGAGGUGUAUUUCGACAGUGGAUCUGGGGUCGGCGGACUCAGACGAUUGCCGCCCCAUCUGACGGAGUAUUUCAUGGGCUUCGGACUGGAUCGCCUCAUCGAACAUCUGUCAAAUAGUGACCCCGGCGUUGCCUGUGGGGCGCUGCCGGCUUCGAGAAGUGCUGUGGACGCCAUGCCGGCCUUCCAAAUCGCGGAAAACCAUCUGGGCCACGAUUUGCAUUGCGCCGUUUGUAAAGAUGCCUACGAAAUCGGCGAGCAAGCCCUUGAAAUGCCAUGUAAGCACAUCUAUCACUCUGAUUGUAUUCUUCCAUGGCUUUCUCAGCACAAUUCCUGUCCUGUCUGCCGCCAUGCGAUGCCCACGGAGGAUCAGACUCAGACGCCUUCACCUUCUCCUUCGUCUUCCUCAGCUGGGACAGGAGAGAUUGGACUAACUAUAUGGAGGCUUCCUGGCGGUGGGUUUGCAGUGGGGAGGUUUUCUGGUGAAUCUCUCAUAAACUUCAAUAAUAAUAAUACAGAGGGAGUUAGGGAGGCGAGUACUGAUAAUCGGAGAGAAAGUGGUCCUAGUGAUGGUGAGAAUCAGGGCCGCAGGCGUAAUCCUUUCUCCUUUCUGUGGCCUUUUCGAUCAUCUAGCUCCAAUACAGAGUCCCAGAAUACACCAAGUUCUAGCAAUGAUCAAAACUCUAGGAGGCGCGCUGGUUGGCCAUUUGAAGAUGGCAUUGGUCCUUCCCGAUGGUUCAGUUGAGUGGGAUUCAAGGCUUAAGAUCUGUCACUAACAUUGCAAUUCAGACUGACUUGGAUGGCACAGUUUACUGCUCCCGACCAGGCGCGUGGUCAGGAUUAUGCCAUUGUUUUGCUGUUCCAUGUGUAGAUAAUUUCCUAUUCAGUUAUAAGUUUAAAGAUCCUUGGUCCUCAAAUUGCACAAACUUUAAAAAAAUGAUAAAACACCAAGGAUGUCGACUCCAUAGCUACAUGCUUCAUUGUAGAAACAUAUCUCAUAAUAUGGACGUGGAACAAGAGUUAACACUGCCAGUGUUUUUUGUAAUGAGGUAAGCAGGGAUUAUCUUUCUGCCUCAAAUGUGAUAACAGGUAUAGCAUUUUUCUCUUCGUUUUGUUUUAGCCUAUUAUUUAUCUGGAAGGGGGCAAAGGGGUAGCAAGGAAAAAACAAUAGGCAAGAUUGGCAAUGCUCAUUUUGCUCUACAUUACUCAAUUGUAAGUUAGGGCCAGGUUAUCAUCAGUAAGUGUACCCGCUAUGAAUGUAUUGACAUUGCAUAUAACAUAAGGGUUUUUCUUUUCCAUUUUCUCAUCUCCAAUUCUUACAUUGCAAGGAAAAAACAAUAGGCAAGAUUGGCAAUGCUCAUUUUGCUCUACAUUACUCAAUUGUAAGUUAGGGCCAGGUUAUCAUCAGUAAGUGUACCCGCUAUGAAUGUAUUGACAUUGCAUAUAACAUAAGGGUUUUUCUUUUCCAUUUUCUCA